GCGAAAACGGAGUCAAUGUUUGUUGGUAUUAUCAUCCUGAACAAACAAAGCACCAAGUUAGCAAGAAGUUCUUCCAAAAUGAAGUGUUCAAAACAAACACAUUUCAUGACCACUUAGUGCAAGAUGUUUUAGGAAAAUGUUUUGUCUUGCAAGUUAAAGACUAUGUCAAAGGACGGCCAAAAGGAAGUGAGAACAAGUCAGUUUAUGUAUGCGAAUCAAGAUAUAAUGAAGGCAGCAAAGUUUUUAAUAGAAUAAAGAAUUGGCAUCAUGUAAUGCCCAAAGGAUUUGACUUUAAAAAAAUUGAACUUGAUAAAUACGAGACGCCGGUUACAUUGAGAAAAACAGAGAGUCCAUUAGCAGCUGAAUGGUUAGCUGCACAUGACAAGGUAGACGAAUCACAAAAAUUAGAAACAUCUGAAUUUGAACAGACGUCAACACCAGUGUCAGUAUCAGAAUCUGCAUCUACAACAAUGACACAAACGGCAACACCUAAACCUAUAAGUAUGAAAAGGCAACAAACAGUCAACCAGCCAACCGAUAAUUUAAGUCCACACCCAAUUGUACCUUCACAGUAUCCUUCUAAUGUGCAACCACAGUAUAACCAUCAGUAUCCAAUGACACAAAUGAACCCAUCUAUGAUGAUGAUGAUGGGAAGACAUGGCUAUGGAUAUGGUGCUCAUUAUCAACAUCCACAAUCGCAGCCUAUGUUGAUUUCUCCUCAGUAUGUACACCCACAUCAUUAUCCAACGAUGUCAUCACCGGCCACGCAUAAUAUGACGACUCAGAUUCCGGCAACUUCUAAAGCAAUGCCCAAGUCUUUUCUAAACCGAACGACAUCCAUUGUAUCUAACAAUAAUUCAUCUCAAAGCUUUGAAUUACCUUCAGAAACAACCGAGCAUUUUGCACGUGACGACAAAGGAAGAAUGCUUUGGUUUGUUACUCCACCAAUAGACGUAGUACCACUACCACGACCUGUACAUUCAAUAGAAUAUCUUUGUAGACAAGAAGAAAUUAAAAAACGUAAGAAAAUACAAGAGACGAAUUACGUUAGUGAAAAUCAAUCUGAGCGGCCGCAGAAAAUACCAAAUCUCUCACACUCUGAUACUAGUAGCAUAAUGAAUAAUGAUAAACUACUGGACAUUAUUGAGG